UUCUGUCUUCAUGACAGCUGUGGCUCAGCCGUGGUUUCUGACUGCGCUAACCCUUCCGGGCCGCGCAAUAAGCCCCCGCUUUCGGAGCUAACCGGAAAUGCCAGUGCGCAUCCUCCAUUCAAUCCCAUCGGCCCAGAGAAGGAGACCAUCGGCCGCCGUGUGGACUCGAUCUCGGCGAUUCGGGGAAGUCGACGGUGGUGGAGGCCUGCGCCGUGUAGAUUGCCCGCAGAUGCGGUGGUUCUCCAGCAAGGUAGAGCAGCCUCCGGAGAGCAUAGUUGCACGGGACGAAGGAGUACUCUCACCGGCCGCCACAACCGAACGAGAAAGUGCUUGUUACUUCUUCUGUCUUGUAUGACGGAGCGCAAAGCCUUUACUGGCAUCAGUCACCUGCUUGCCUACAUACUUCUCACCCAAAGAAGUAAAGGCCGGGAAGACCUGAUUUGUCGCCGGGAGUCCGCCAUCGCGGUGUUUCUUCAGAGAAGGGGGAAAAAGAAAAGGGGGUCACUGCUUCUGCCCACACUCUCUCUCUCUCCCGGUUCACCUCAGACGCUGGACCAGUCACCAAUCUAA